AUUUUAAUUUCUGUACAGAUAAUCUUAAAGCCACAUAGUUCAGAGCAUUGUGUAAACAGGAUCAAAUUUUCCCUGUUUUCAGCCAAUUUCCUCAGUCAGUAGGAGAGAUGAUGUGAGUUUUGGACCAUGAAUAUUGUACAUGUCUGAUGAUACUUUGUCUCCUCAAUACAUACAUUCCAUGUGCUUCUGACUUGGACAGAGUCUUUCCAGAAUUGAAUCAAAUACCACAAAAACUAUUUUGCUCUUCCUCCUUUCUACAGAACAGUUGGUAUUUGUGUGAAUAAAUAGAACUAGCAAUGUAUCCUCAACAAUUUUGGUGUUCCAUUGAUGCAAACUAUGAUUUCAGUAGAUUUUGCCUCCCUAUGGAAAAAGGGAUUACAUUUAGAAUUUAAAUGCCCAUAAAUCAGGUGUUUCAAAAAGUGUUCUAUUUUAUGGCUAAAUAUAUUGCAAUAGUAUUUCUGUACCUUUAGAUAAACAUUUUCAUAUUCUGGAAAAUUCCUCUAUCCUGGGAAAACAAUACAGAAGUAUGAUGAAGGAUAUGGAAAAUCUGGAUUAAAAGCAGAAUAAAAAAAAAGUAAACGAGGAGGACCCAUAAGAAAGCAUGCAUGCCCUUUUACUUCUGUAGCAAACUGGCAAGCCUUUUUAACUGCUCUGUGAUUAUACAGGAUGAGCAGAGUAUUUGUAAAAUCAUUUCUGACAAAUACAAAAAUAUUAUUUCAAAUUCAAGUCAAAUUAAAUAGCUUGCCAUUAGGGGGACUGAAUUGCAUUGCAGUUAAAAAUAGCUCAUAGGCUUCUUGUACUCAUUUUGUAACAAUGAAAUAUUUUUUUUUUAAGAAGGAACAUUUUUACUUGGUGCAAACAUAAGUGUUUGAGGGGUUUGUUGAUUUUUAAAAAUUUACUUAUUCAUUGAUGUUUUUUUCUCUUUUUAGAUGAAUAACUUGGUGACACCAGUUGUAGGAUUUAUAGAGGAUACAUUCCAGGUCACUCCUAAUCCAGAUGAAGUGAGUGAGGUUUUUCUUAUGCCUUUGGAGUACUUUAUCAAGCCCUUGAAUUACAAGACCUUCCCUUAUAGAACCUCCUCAGGCUACUCAACUCAGGUACACUGCUUUACAUACGAUGACCAGGAACAUAAAAGGUCGUUCAAGAUAUGGGGACUGACUGCACACUUUGCUGUAUUUCUUGCUCUUGUAAUUUUUGGAGAGAGACCUACCUUUGAAGUGGAUUAUGAUCUUGACAACUUAAUCUCAUCCUCUGAGAAUAAUUUCAUUAAUUUGUAUGCAUCUAUACAUGAAAAAAAGAAAAGUAAGCUGUGACAGCUUGAUCUGGCAAUUAAUUUAUUUUGAAAGAGGAAAAAGAAGGUUUGCUUAUUUCCUUUGUGCCUGUUUUUUGAAAGCUACACUUGAAUUGCUUUCUAAUUGGAAAUUUUCAAGUUGGUAAUCCCUAAUUAGAUUAAUACAAUUUUUAAUCUCUUUUAAGAGUUGUGAGAAGCACACAAUAUUUUUUAUGAAUCAGACUUUUAAAAGGUCUGUUUCAGCCCUUUCUCAGUUUCAGUGCCUUUGUUCUGUGUGAUGGGAGACACUUUCUGUGUUUUGCCUUGCCUAUGAUGAGAUAAUACUGUUUAAUGUAAUUUGGGUCUAUUUGAGGUAACCUAUGAAAACUUUUGGAGAUCUGUCUGUCUCUUACACGUGCCAUACAUGGACAACGUGAUCCAUACAGUCUUGUGUGGUAUCUUUAAGCACUUACAGAAUACACAAUAAAAAUACAAAAGCUUUCA